GUCCUAAAUUACAAACUAGUCUUAUAUCAGAAUCAGGAACUUCCUCUGUUUCCACUAAAUCGGAAGCAUCAUCUGGGGGCCCAACGACACAAGAAAUAAUACAGUUUAAAAUGGAACCAUAUGAACAAAGCAAUAUAGAAUCUGUGGAAAAUCAGGAAGAGACAUACGGAAGUGAAACGCUUGACGACACAGCUCAAGGAGUAGGAGAUGAUACAGAAGACUUUUCAUUGAUGGAAACUGGUGACGAUGAACCACAUCCAGGAACUAGCGGUGACGGCACGGGAGAUGGACAAGAUGUGAAGUUUUCUAUUGAGACCAGUGAAAAGAAACCAAAAAAACGGAUGAAUGCUAGAAUGCGCUUUGUUGUUGAUGGUUUUGUCUACCAUAACAAUGUUAUUGCUGGUACACCGCCUUUAAGAUAUUUGGGUUGUGCAGAGUUUAAACGGGCGGGAUGCAGAGCCAGGGCAAGUAUACCAGUUGGGGGUACUUUGGAUCAAUUGAAGGUAACGAAGCCUCAUAAUCACCCUCCCGAUAUUAAUGCAGAAGAAAGAUAUGAAUUCGUUAAAGAAUUGAAAAGUGCAGUUCGUUCGAUGCAAAACGCAACGCUUAAAAAGGUUUACGAAACCAUUGCAGAAAUAUAUCCAAGUGGUGCUGAAGAAAUUCCAUUUAAAUCGAUAAGCUCGUCGUUACACCGAUGGCGUUGUAAUCCCCAUUUAUAAAAUAUGGAAAACUUGUAUCCAUUCUUUUAGAUAUAUUAUUCACAUAAGGACUGCUUUUUCGUAUUAUAUUUAUUUAUCAAGUUAUACUCAUGUCUUGGAGUUUCUUUUUGGUUUGGAUGUAUUAAAUCAAUGUAAACUUACAGGAAUUCCACGAAUAUGGUUUUCGUAUUUUUUUUUUUUAAUUUAGUUUUGUAAGUACCUGGUAUUUAUUGUUUAUGUCCAAAAUUAUUUUUUGAUAGGUAAUUAUAUUAGAUGUAGUGCUUUUUGAACUUAUUAUUAACUAAUAAAGUUAAUGUUUUCUUA